AUGUUCCGAGUGCUGAAGGAAAUCUGCGAUGACAAAGAGCGCACAAAGGAGCAGGAGAUGCAGGUGACCGCCAGCGCCCGCUGCCGGACUGCAGCAUCCUGCGAGGCUUUGCAGGAGCACAUGACCGCCUUCUCGGAGGAGCUGCACACCAGUGCUGCAUUGGUUGGGGUGGACGGGAAGAUCAAGAACCCCAAGAAAAAAAAGAUUCUCACCCCCGAGCAAGAAGUUGAUAAGUCGACGGUUGCCUGCUUCAAGAAGAUAUUGAGUGACGAGGGCAAGCUGGCUGCUCACUUGCAAGAUCUUGCAAAAGUCCCACACUCCACCGAGUUGGCUUCCUCGCUUGUAAAGCACAAGUGCGAAAUCAAAAAUAUCCUCAAAGACUUCGACAGUGACACGAAGAUUGAGAAUCCUACGAUCGAGACGAAGAAGGCCGCUGUGAACGCGGCCCAGCUCCGGAUGAACCCGAUUCUUAAAGACAUGCGCGAAGCGGUUCGACGGAUAAAGGCAGAAGGCCUCACGGUCAGCAAAGCAGCCGGUGCUGAAACAGACACCAACUCGGUGAU